AUGAAUUGGGUCGCGUGGCAAAAAGUAGUGGCUCCAAUAGAAUAUGGUGGGCUGGGUUUUGGUUCAUUAAGGGAUAUUAACUCGGCCAUGUUGGCCAAGUGGUGGUGGAGAUUCAAGAAUGACCAAGAUGGCUUGUGGAGGAAAACAAUAUGGGCUAUUCAUAACAACUCGAGGAUGUGGAACACAAUUCCAAUCAAACUUACUUUACCAGGGCCGUGGAAGCAAGUGGCAAAGUCAAUGGCAGAUCUAAACUCAGCAGAGUUAAAUGUUUCCAAGUAUAUGAGAGGGGUUAUUGGUAGGGGAAAUCAAAUAUUAUUCUGGCUUGACAACUGGUGUGGGGAGGCUACUCUGGCUAGUCGAUAUCCUCGCCUAUUUGCAAUUGAAAAAGAUCGGCUGUGUAAAAUUGAGGACAGAGUGCAUAUGGGAGUCACCGGACCACGGUGGAACUGGGAAUGGAAGAAAGAUACAAUGGAUGGGCCAGAAGUGGAUGAAUGGUUGGACGAACCUAUUGAAUCAAGUGGCUGCACCAGUUCUAACUGA